CGUUGAUGCUCAUUCAACCGUGCUUUCCUUAAACUCCUUUGCUCAAGGAAACACCAUCGCUCGACCGCCCCUGCCAGCUGUCUUCUAUUCUAGGAUCGAACACUACGCAGGAAAUCUUUGUCAGGAUUGCUUAGAUCAACGCCUGCGACUUUGGGCUCGCUUGGACUAGACCGCCGAUCAGGCCAACCGACAACCAUUUCCAUACAACUGCAAAUUCACCACUAAUGUCCGGAUUCACUUUUGGAGCGCCUGCAACUGCAGCCGCACCUACUGGAGGAUCUCUCUUCGGGGCUGCACCAGCUGCAGGAAGUAGUCUCUUCGGCGCUAAGCCAGCCGCACCUGCAACUGGUGGUCUGUUUGGCCAGCCUACUGGAUCAACAGGUACUAGUCUUUUUGGUGCUUCUACGUCGACUGCUCCCGCCGCUGGAGGAUUGUUCGGCGCCCCGACUGCUCCCGCCACUGGAGGGUUCUUCGGUUCUUCGGCUGCUCCCGCCUCAGGAGGCUUAUUUGGGUCAACUACAGCAUCAGCAGCGCCUGCGACUGGAGGAUUAUUUGGUUCGACUACACCAUCGGCAUUUCCUACGAGUGGAGGACUGUUUGGGGCGCCAACAGCGUCAACCGCGCCUGUCACAGGAGGACUCUUUGGUUCUACAGGCACAUCACAGUUUGGAGCGCCGGCAUCAGGAGGUUUGUUUGGCGCAAAGCCUACAACUGCAGCGGGAUCUGGAUUUUCGUUCGGAGCACCAACAACGACAGCAGCCCCUGCUACAGGGAGUCUUUUCGGAUCUGCACCCAAACCAUUCGGAUCAGCAACUACUGGCUUUGGAGCGUCAACUGGCUUUGGAGCAUCGACCGCCUCAACUGCCGUACCAAAUAACACAAGUUUCAGCGCCUCUCUCGCAUCAGGGCCGAGGCAGCAAUAUAUCAUUGGUGGAAAUGAUAAACCACAGAUGACUGUCUGGCAGAGCCUCAUGUGCAUCAAGAACGCGUGGGAUCCAACACACCCCAACUGUCAGUUCAAACACUUUUUCUACAACUUUGUACAUCCAGAUGAUGUUAGCAAAUAUGGACCCCCACCAAAUGUCGAUUCGUUCGAGUGGCACCAAGCAAAGACUGAAUGUCCUGAUCCAGAAUGCAUGGUACCAGCGUUGGCUGUUGGAUUCGAGGACCUGAAGAAGAGAAUGGAGAGCCAGAAUGACAUGACGGAAAUGCAAAGGAUAAAGCUGGACGAGAUUGAGGUUAAGAUGAACGAGAUCAUGCAGUUCCACUUGCUGCAAACCGCGACCAAGGUCAGAGAAUUCAAGCGACGCCAUAUCCAGCUUGCCCAGCGUGUUCUCACACUGAUGAAACGCGUUCAGAUCUUGAAGAACAGAGGGGUGCCGAUCCGCGCGGAAGAGGAGAUGUUGAGGGUGAGAUUGGAGAAUGCACUAGAGCAACUUCGGAAUCCAGCACAUUUCAGAGGCAAGAUCACGGAACUGUGGGCGCAAAUUCAAAUCCUAAAGGACUCCAAGAGGCUGCAUCCGUCUGGGAACUAUGGCAUCAUGGAUGAGGCGCAACUUGAGGCUAUUGGAAAGGUUCUGCAAGAUCAACAACUUGGCCUACAACAUAUAACGUCGAUUCUUCAGAAGGACAUGCAGGAUAUUGAGACCUUGCAACGCAAGCUUGAGGAGAUUGGCCUGAGUGCAAAGGCAUAGACCGCAGCAACAAUGGCUCUUAUGCUUGUCUGCAGGAUACAUCAACCAUCAUCGUGGGCAUGAACAAACUCCCAAUAAAGGAUCAAGUGCUCUCUCUGUACGCCCUCAUUUUGUAACUUUUUGUUCCUUCGGUCUUGUGACUGCGAGGCACGCUUGGAAACCACU